UACACGUUCAUUAGGGCUCCCACUGUUGGUCGUACAUUUAUUGCUUCUCCAUUGAUUCGACGAGUUGAAUCCGAAUAUGGUGUGGUGAUUCAUUGCGUGAAGCUGCUUUUGCUCCUCUCUAGAUUGCUUGGAUCCAAUGGAAGAAUCGUAUGGCAAUCUCCCAGCCAGCCAUUCUGUUGGCUCUGUUCCCGCUGUUGUGGGUGAAGAUAGUAAAACUAACCAGGAAGUUCCUGGUGCAACAUUGCAAACACAUCAACAUACUAGUGCUGGAAGUGGUGGUCCAGGAUACCAAAGAAUUGGCCGUAACAAUGAUGAAGGUGCACAACAGUCUUCAAACAACUGGAAGGGAAUUUUCGACAUUUCUUCAUAUACACAAUAUUUUAAUGUAGAUACAGACAUUGUGGUGAACAGACUGCUAAGUUCUUUACAUCCCACGAGUGGAGAUUUUGUCAACAAAAUUGAUGCAAACCCAGACCUAUAUGGACUCGUCUGGAUCUCCACAACUUUGGUUUUCUUGAUAGCCUCUUUUGGAAAUUGUGCCACCUACUUAAUGAACAAGAGGAGCGAAAAAAGCAUUUCAUGGGAUUUCGAUGUCAGCUAUGUACACGUUGCUGCAGGCUCCAUUUAUGGUUAUGUCAUCAUAGUUCCCCUGGGAUACUACUUUUUGCUUCAGUACUUGGGUUCAAGCGUCAGCCUCAUACGCUUUUGGUGCUUGUGGGGAUAUUCCCUUUUCAUUCUCAUCCCGACUUCUCUACUUUUGGUUAUUCCAGUUGAGUUUCUGCGCUGGGUUAUCAUAUUAGCUGCCGGCGCUGCUUCAUCCAGCUUUAUUGGGCUGAACCUCGGAUCAUACAUAGAAUCAGUCGACCUCUCUAUUGUGGCUGUCUCAGCAUUCGUCUUGCAAAUGGGCUUGUCUAUCUUCAUCAAAGUGCGAUUUUUCCCUUAGCUCCGGACUGAUUUAAGUCUAUGAUCCAGGAGGUUCCUACCUAUAACUAGUGAAUACAGAUUUUAUCUUUUAGAUUUGAAGGUGUUUGCAAUGGGAAAAUAUUGAAAGGUAACAAAGAAAAAAAUUGCAUUUGGUUUUGCUAUGAACAUGCUUACACUUUCUUAUGAAUUCUAUACUCUUGUCCAA